AUGGAAAACAGAAGCUGUGUUAUUGACUUUAUGCUGGCAGCAUUUCCAAUGACUUUAGUAAUGAGGGCUCUUUUCUUUUCAUUUCUUCUUAUUAUUCACAUUGUCACUUUGUCUGGAAACUUCCUUAUCCUUUUAACCGUGUGGAAGAGCCACUCUCUCCAUACACCCAUGUAUUAUUUUUUGGUCAACCUUUCCAUCCUGGACAUCUGUUUUACUUCUUCCAUUAUACCAAAAUUUCUCACCAUCCUAGCGAGUGAAAAUCGAUCGAUUUCCUUCCAGGGUUGUCUAACUCAAUGCUAUUUCUACUUUUUACUGGGUUCAGUGGAACUACUUCUCCUUGCUGUUAUGGCUUUUGACAGGUACACAGCUGUAUGCCACCCUUUGCGCUAUACAACAGUAAUGACCUCCGAUUUCUGCUUGUAUUUGACUGUGGGUUGUUGGCUAGCUGGAUUUGCUGAUACCAUUAUCCCAACUUUUCUAAUAAUUAACCUUUGUUUCUGUGGGUCUAAUGUCAUUGAUCACUUCUUCUGUGAUGCAGAACAUCUUCUAAAACUUGCCUGCUAUGACACCAGGAUUAUUCACAUUGUUAACAUAUGCUGCUCUUUUGUGAUUGUGUUUGGUUCUCUGGUUUGCAUAAUGAUUUCAUAUGGUUGUAUAAUAUUAGCUAUAAUUAAGACCUCCAAGGUGGGUAGACGGUGGAAGUCUUCCUCUACGUGUGUCUCUCAUCUCCUUGUUGUAGUUAUAAUUUAUGGGAGUUCACUCUUCCUGUGUAUGAGGGGCAUUACACUGGCUGCCAUAGACAUCAGUAAACUGUCAGCAUUCAUGACUGGAAUUGUGACACCUCUUCUAAGCCCAUUCAUCUAA